AUGAGCAACCGCAAAAACACGGCCGCCAACUUACUGUUGCGACAAUAUCGGGAGCUUACCGAUGCCAAAAAAGCGAUUCCAUCGUUUCAUAUUGAGCUGGACGAUGAUUCUAAUAUAUUCCUGUGGAACGUAGGUGUGAUGGUACUUAACGAAGACUCAAUAUACCACGGCGGAUAUUUCAAGGCGCAGAUGCGGUUCCCAGAGGAUUUCCCAUUUUCCCCGCCCACUUUCCGAUUUACGCCUGCGAUAUACCAUCCCAACGUUUACCGCGAUGGGAGGCUAUGCAUUUCGAUCCUGCACACUAGCGGCGACCCAACUUCGGAGGAACCGGACUCCGAGACAUGGUCACCCGUGCAGACCGUAGAGAGCGUUUUGAUCUCAAUCGUAUCGCUGCUGGAGGAUCCCAACAUCUCGUCUCCAGCUAACGUCGACGCUGCCGUGGACUACCGUAAGAAUGUAGACCAGUACAAGCAGCGGGUGCGGCUGGAGGUAGAACGCUCCAAACAAGAUAUCCCUGAAGGAUUUGUCAUGCCCUCUGCACGUACCGCCUACGUGGCUCAACAGCACACAGAACCAGAGGACACCCGUGACCUCGGAGACAACUUCUGGUACGACAGUGACGAGGAGGACGAUGACGACAACGAGCCCGCUGCCGACAUUUACGGGUACGGCCACGAUGACGAUGAGGACGACGAGGACGUCCAGUUCGAGGAAGACGAUGACCUGAGCGUCGAUAACGACAGCGUGAUGGACCGGAAGCAACCUUGCAAGGCAGAAGACGAGAGUGAGGAACUUGAGGACGAGAUGAAGCUGGAAAAGUAA